AAAACGCAUGCAGCUUUUUUUUUUAUCUUUUUUUUAAUUGUCACCACAUUGCUUUUAAGUCCCAAAAGCUAAACCAUCUUCCCCGGAAAUUCCAAAGGGGAAAUUUUAUAAAUUGUUAUUAAAAUUGUUUGAUCUAUCGAAUUCCACGAGAUGACAGUUCAAGGGCGUCGAUUACUUGUAUCUGCGAUGGUCCUGUUAGGGUGUUCGACUAUUACCCAGUGCCUGCCAUCGGUUUCUGCUACAGGCACAUCAUCUGCUCUUCGAGCUUAUCCCGCAACGUUAACGGUGUCCGAAGGUCAGCGCGCGGUGUUUUACUGCGACGACGGUGCUGCUCAGAAAAGCAUCAAGUGGACAAAGAGCGGAGAAGGCCUUCGGGAAGGUUUAGGAAAAACGGAGAACGGUCGGCUGGCACUGUUGAACUUGACCACCUCGGACAGCGGUGUUUAUGUCUGUUCGGUUGAUGGUGGCGGCGCAAGCCUCCAACCGGCUAACGUCCAGCUUAACGUUAUCAAAAAAGAACCAACUGGCAGUCGAAAUGAAACCACCGUGGAAAUCCAAAUAGUCCGCAAAACAGCCACCGAACAGGAAACUGUCAGUCUCCAGUGCGAUGUGGAUUUUGCCAAUCCAAGCGACGUUGUAUGGGCAAAAAUCGGAGCUGAUUUACCAACACACGCUGCCACAGAAAAUGGUAAACUGACCUUUACGUCUAUUCGGAAGGAAGACGCCGGAUAUUACGAGUGCCGGGACAGGAAUGAUGCCAAAACCGAUAUGGUCCAGAAUCUGGUGCAGCUGGUUGUGAGAAAGGGCAAUUAGGUAGCUGCAAACCAGACGGUCUUGUUUGAGGGAACCUGUUACCACUCCGGCUGCAAUAUCUAGAUCUACAAUCUUCACGCUUUUAUGACGAUCGUCGCAGAAGCGCGAAGAUCUUACUGAUGUUGCAGCAGGACAGUCGCGAUUGUUCUUCAGAUUCCCAAAGUUUAGCAAUGCAGUCCUUGUCUCUAAAUAUAUUAACAGUAAUUUAACAAUAAUCUACUAACAGAUUGCUUUCUUAGUAAGUCCAUGGUCCAGGUAAAAACGCAAAUAAAAACAACCACCGUAUCUAGAAAAAAUUGGAAUUAUUGAAUACAUGUGUACAUGGUCUUGCGAACGUAGUUAAUUGACAUUGAUUUCACAAUUGUUUCAACUGGAUUCGAAUUUGAUCUUCAUGAGUCAAAAAGAAUGAAUCCACUUACAAUUUUUAGCAUCGCUCUAUCUUCCGAAAGUUUGCUGGUGUUUUCAAUAAUUAUUAUUAAAAUAGUCAGUUUGCUACUUAAAAUGCAUCGUACGGCAACGUUUUGUAAAUUGUGUAUAUACAUAUAGAUAUAGAGAUGUGAUUUUAAUCGACAUGCUUGCCAAGCAUUCACCGCGACCUUAUAUUGUUCUUCUGGUUUA